GAGAGAGUCUGUGUUUACAAACAGUUUGUUGUUUUCAUAUGUCAUUCAAUCGGUGGUCAAUACAAUCACCAUAAUCUGGUCCGCAGACACACACCAUGGCGUCCCUCUUCGACCAAUACGAACGGUUCGCAUCGCUGUCCGGAUCCACAUCUCGACCCGUCCUCGACGUGGAGCCGAAUCACGACAACUCCAUAAUCAACAUGUGUUCCGAUAGUGAAGAUCCCAUUUUCAGUAAACAUAAAUUGGACUUCUUACCCGUCGACAACAUAACACAUUUAGUGGUGAGUAAUAAUCAUGUGGUGAUUGCCUUAAGAAAUAAGACAAUCCUACGGAUGGAUCUUUUGCACGGCUCACAAACUACUGACACAGAAUUGACAGCAUUUAUAUCGGAUAAGAGCCACACAUCGCGAGUGAAUCACUUGUUUUUAGACCCGACGGGAAAACAUUGUAUAAUAAAUGUUAUAAAUAGCGAAACACAGGUUUCGGCUGAAAAUCUGUAUUUAGCGCGAAAAUGCGUUCAAAUGUCUAAAAUGAGAGGACAUGUGAUUACAGCCGUCGGCUGGAACUACGAGGUCAGCGCUCGAAGUCAGUCCAAUACCACCGCAAACAUACUGAUCGGCACAAACAAAGGGCUUAUUUUUGAGUCGGAAUUAGUUCCGGCCGAUGAGUCCAAGUUUUUCCCCAUUGGAGGUCCCGAACAGUACUUCAAACAGGCUUUUGAAUUGGGCUCAGAUGCCGGUCCCGUGUCUGCCAUUGAGUUCCAUAAGAUUAGACCAUUGAGUGCUCACGAGUCCAUUCGUUUAUAUCAAUUUGUGGGCAACGCUUCAAAUACAAGCGAUUCUCCCUAUUUAUACCAAGUGUUUAACACUCCGUACAGCACUCCAUAUCAAGAUAUGCCCCGACAUAUGAACUUCAGUCAAUUGAAUUUCUAUUACCCGAACCCUAACUCCAUUCCCCAGUCAUUUGGAUGGCUUACCGGUCCCGGAGUGUUAUGCGGACGAAUCGAUAUAAGCCCCAAAUCGGUGACCAAUAAUAGUGUUAUAAGCGAUACAACAUUAUUGACAUAUAGAAGCGAAACGGAUACCAGUUUUAAUGAUGAAAAUCCUAUUGGUUUUGUAUUAACACAAUAUCAUGUGUUAAUAUUAAUGCGAAAUUUUUUGAAAAUUAUCUGCGUUUUGAACGAUGAGGUGGUCUUUGAGGAAUAUUUUACUGAAACAUAUGGUAAAUUAGUAGGCAUUGCGAAAGACCCGACUCGAGGCACUGUUUGGGUGUUCACACACUUAGCCAUCUAUCGGUAUAGGAUUGUGGCCGAAGACCGCAAUAUAUGGAAAAUAUAUUUAGCGAAACGUGAUUUCGAAGCGGCCAAACGGUUGGCCCGAAACGAUGCCAUUAAAACAAAUGAAAUUAUUUGCUCGGAAGCCAACUAUUAUUUCUCCAAAAAGAAUUAUGAAAAGAGUGCAUCACUUUAUGCAUUGAGUCAUAAAUGUUUCGAAGAAAUUGCCCUCAAAUUCAUUCAAAUCAAUGAAGACGAGGCACUGAAACAAUUCCUAGUCUGCAAACUGGACACACUAUCCCUGAAGGACACCACUCAGCUCACUGUACUCGUCCUUUGGCUCAUUGAGAUACAGCUCAACCAAAUGGGAUCUCUGAAAAAUGCGGGCAAAGAGUCCUCACAUGACUACCAGCUGAUUGAAGCAGAGUUUGAGAGUUUGCUCUCACAAAACAAAAAUUGUUUAAUUAAAAGUCGUAAAGCGGUCUAUGAUUUGAUCGAAAGUCACGGCAACCAAAAGAAUUGGAUUCAUUUUGCGGUUUUAAUGCAAGAUUACGAUCGGGUCAUAGAAUAUCAUUUGCAACACAAGAACUACAGUCAAGCGCUUACUGUUCUCAGACAACAAGGUGUGACGGAUAUGUUCUACAGAUUCGCUCCGAUUAUUAUGCAAGAAAUGCCGGCCGAAUUGAUUUCACUGUUGAUUCAAUUGGCUCCACAAUUGGACUCAACAAAACUGAUUCCAGCAUUAUGUUUGGAAACGAUCCGAUAUCUGGAGCACUGCGCCUACAAAUUAGGUGAUUCUGAUCCAGUGAUACAUAACUAUCUGCUGGCACUAUACGCACAGACGACUCCCGACAAACUCAUGACAUACUUGUCGAUGAAGGGCGAGGACGAGUCGACAGUGCCUUACGAUAUCCGAUACGCGGCUAGAAUUUGUUGCGAACUGGGCUUAGAGAGGGCUUGUGUUCACCUCUACUCUACGAUGGGUAUGUGCGAAGAGGCCGUAGACCUGGCGCUCACAUUCGACAUACAGUUAGCCAAACAGACGGCCGAUCGAAGUGGUGACCAAAUUGGCGAUCAAUUAAGGAAAAAAUUGUGGCUCAGAAUCGCGCGACACGUGAUUAGUAGUGAAGAGAAAGACAUUAAAACGGCCACAAAAAUACUCAAAGAAUGUGAACUCUUGAAAAUUGAAGACAUUUUGCCAUUUUUUCCCGACUUUGCGACCAUUGAUCACUUCAAAGAAGCCAUUUGUUCAUCACUUCAAGAAUACAACCGAAACAUCGAAUCGCUUAAAGAGGACAUGAAGUCGGCGACAGAGAGCGCACAUCAGAUACGACAAGACAUCAAAGCGUUUCGAAAUAAAUUCACAAUAAUUCGUACGGAAGACAACUGCACAGUCUGUUCAUACCCUGUGCUGAACCGUGCCUUUUAUGCCUUCCCGUGCGGACAUCUCUUCCAUAAUGAUUGUCUCGUAUCAGAAUUGAUGCCGUAUUUACCGCAAAGUCAACAGCAAAGAGUCGAUGAGAUUCAACGCAAUCUCAAUUACAGCGGCGGUCCGUCCACACAGUUUAAGACAAAUAAUGAUGUUUUGGGCGAUCAGUCCAACAGUAUUAGUAUCGCCAACGAUAGGGAACGGCUUCUCAACGAAUUGGACGACAUUGUGGGCAAUGAGUGUUUCUAUUGCGGAGAUAUAAUCAUAAGUAGUAUCGAUCAGCCAUUUAUUCUUCCUGAAGAGAUGAGUCAAGCCAUGGAGGGCUGGGAUUGAAGCGUUUGUCUAUAAAUAGUCUGACAAACGCAUUGAGUCUAUGCCAUAGACAGUGUUUACUAAGAAUUUGAAAUUUUACGUAAAACUAUUGAUUAUUUGGACGUUUGGAC